AAAUAUAUUCACUAUCAACCGUACAGUAAACACCAGUUCAGUUUUACUAAAAACAGAAAGAUGAAACUGUCAGGUCUAACGUUGACUUUCGCCGUCAUUUUUAUGUUGGCGGCCAUGUACAAUAUUGUACAAGCAAAAGCAUUAGCUGACGCUGGACCCUGGGCCGAUGCUGACGCUGCACCCUCGGCUGAUGCUGACGCUGGACCCUGGGCCGAUGCUGACGCUGGACCCUGGGCUGACGCUGACGCUGCACCCUGUGCCGAUGCUGACGCUGGACCCUGGGCCGAUGCUGACGCUGGACCCUGGGCUGACGCUGACGCUGGAUCCUGGGCCGAUGCUGAUGCUGCACCCUCGGCCGAUGCUGAUGCUGCACCCUGUCAUGAGUCCAACGGCGGUGCCUGCAUGCGCUAAGCGAACGCUGGAUUUUUUGCUGAUGCUAACGCUGGACCUAAUACCGAUUUCGAUAUCGAUUUUAUGAAAGAAGUGAUGAAUGCAACGAAGUAAUACACAUAUAAAUAACCAUAUUCGAUACCAAAAUUGAUGAAAUAACUUCCUCUAUGUAAGGGAAAAUAUUGGAGAAAUAUGAGUUAGCCAUUUUACAGUAGAAUAAAAUUUCCUGCAAAUUA